UGAGAGCCGCAACCCAGAUGUGCGUUGGCUGCAGGAGACAGGGACAGACUUGUCUCUCUUGAGAAGUGAAUGCCUCAGUUCUACACAUCAGGUGCAAUACAGGAGGUUGCAAUUUCUCGGCUCCGGUGAGAAAAAACACUUCUGGGCUCAUCCAGCCAGCUGCUGAGACCAGCGCCCACAAGCAUGGACACCGAAGACAGCAUCACAGAGCAGGUCUGCCAGGAGUCAGACGUCCAGGAUGGCGAGCUGCGGGAAGUGGAGGUUGCAGGCCACACGGUGUUGCUGGUGAGGAAUAAGAUGGAGUUCAGUGCUGUGGGGAGCAAGUGCACACACGCCGGAGCCUCUCUCAGCAAAGGAGUCUUGGCGGGUAACAGACUGCGCUGUCCCUGGCAUGGCGCCUGCUUCAAUAUCAGAACUGGAGACAUUGAGGAGUAUCCAACGCUGGACUGUCUUCCCUGCUUUAAGGUGCGAGUGGAAGACGGGAAGGUAUUUAUUACUGCAAAAAAAAAGGACCUUGAAAGUGACCGAAAGCUGAAGGCCAUGAGUGAGCGAUGCCGGAGCAACGAGAACACAAUGCUGCUCCUGGGUGGAGGUACAGCUGCACUGGUCUGUGCAGAAACACUUUGUCAGGAAGGCUUUACAGGCAGGAUCAUCAUGGUAACCAAAGAAAAGCAUGUCCCAUAUGACAGGACCCAACUAAGCAAGGCGAUGGACAAGACACUAGAGAGCAUUUACCUGAGGCAGCAGGACUUCUUUGAGGCUCAUGGCAUAGAAGUUUGGACUGACAAAGAGGUGGUGUCCGUGGACACGCAGGGGCAGAAAGCCCACUUCCAGGAUGGGGCCGUCCAGAGGUACGACCAGCUCCUCAUUGCGACAGGCAGCAGCCCCAGGCAGCUCCAGUGCCCCGGCUCAGACCUGGAGAACGUGUGUUCCCUGCAAACCCCAGAGGAUGCUAACAGGAUUCUCCACCUAGCAACUGGCAAGAGGGUGGUGAUUCUAGGCGCUUCAUUCAUUGGGAUGGAGGUUGCUGCCUUCCUUUCAGACAAGGCCAGCACCAUCUGCGUGGUGGAAAGAGAGGAGUUCCCCUUCCAGGCAGUGCUGGGGCCUCAGGUCGGAGGUGUUGCCAUGAAGAUGCUGCAGAAUAAAAGAGUGAAAUUCUACAUGAAGGCUGAAAUCUCUGAGCUGCAAGGAGAGAACAGAAAGGUUACAGAGGCUGUUCUGGCCAGUGGAGAGAAGCUACCUGCAGAUGUGGUGGUGGUGGGAAUAGGUGUCACCUCCAACUCAGCUUUCCUGAAGGAGGCUUCAAUUGCUAUGGACCGUAGAGGGGCCAUCCUGGUGGAUUUGUUCAUGCAAACCAACGUCCCAAGAGUCUUUGCUGCUGGAGAUGUGACUUCAUUUCCAGUCACACUGUUCGGUGGGAUGACCGCCACCAUCCGUCACUGGCAGAUAGCACAGGCUCAUGGUCACAUUGCUGCUUUAAACAUGCUGAAGAAGCAGAAGGCAUUGCACACCGUUCCUUUCUUUUGGACCUCGCUGCUUGGAAAAAGCAUCCGCUAUGCAGGCUAUGGGAAAGGAUACACAGAGACUGUUGUGAAGGGAGAUCUGGAGCAGCUGAAGUUCUUGGUCUUUUACAUCAAGGAUGAUUAUGUGAUUGCCGUUGCCAGCCUGAACUUUGACCCCAUGGUCUCCCUGGUAGCCGAGGUCAUGUACUCUGGCAGACAAAUCUCAAAAGCAGAGGCCCAGUCCUCUGAUAUAACCUGGAUGAAGCAAGCCUAAUGCGAGACUGCCUGGGGGCCCCGUAACACCCCCACAGGCGCAAUCAUUUCCCAUACCCCCGUCCUCCCGCUUAGGAGAAAUAAAAACCAGCAUGAAACAGAGCA